AUGUCGGACGCUGUACCAUUACUGACGGAUGAUUUGGAGCCCGUGUUUACCUCCAUCCAGUCGCCAAGCAAGAUCCGGGCUCGAAUAACUGGCAAUAAUAAUUCCUUCUCGAACAAUGAGGAUGCUGAUUUACACCGCGUUCAGAGAGAUGCGUCCAACCAGAACUUAAAUAACUGCUGCAAGCGGAAUGUCGUUCGGCAAAAGAGACCUCCAAAAUACGCAAUUGCCUUCAUUGCAUCAACCUGGGGUUUCCUGACAAAUGUAGAAAGAGCAAUCAUUUUGCCCACAAUGUGGCUUUAUUUCAAAACCUACUGGAGCGACGAGGUGGCAAAAAGCUUCUACGGUCCCACGCUUGCUGCUUUCAGCCUGUCCAUUUUAAUCACCACUCCUCUAUUUGGAUAUGCCGGCCAUGCCAAUGUAAACGUAAGGUACUUGCUUAUGUUCGCCAACCUCAUGGAGGUGAUAGGAAACGUGGCUUACCUACUGCCUUACAGUCCGUGGUUCGUUUUCUUUGGACGAUUAAUAGCUGGUGUUGGGGCGAGCUGCGAGUCUCCGAUGUACGCCGACUUGACCCGGGCAACAGACGAGAGUGAAAGAACACCUUACAUAAUUGUUCUGCUGUUAUCUCGUCAAGUUGGCCUUAUCAUCGGUCCUGCGUUCACUCUUAUUCUGCAUCAAAUGACAAUCGAAAUCGGUCCCGUCCAAAUCAGUGUUUACAACGGUCCGGGCUUAGUCAUGGCUGUGUUGUGGGUUGUGCAUACACUGCUUAUUUUCUUCUUUUACCCUCAUCUGGACAAAUUCGGCCAAGUAGUUGAAGACUCCCGGCCGGGUGAGGCCACAUCAUCUCCAACGGAGGCUACUCCGAAGCAUUCCCGUCAACCGUCGGAUAGUCGAAUCCAAGCUGCCUUCGCAGGAUACGGACAAUACCACAUCGUCACGUUGUGUAUGGAAGACCGAAGUCUUGUUCUUUUGGGUCUCUUCUUUUUGACGGUUGCCUAUGCGUUUUUGUCCUUUGUUCUGCACAACAUUCUGUCCAUGUCGAAAACCUUGGGAGCCACUCUCGUCGUGGUCGGUGUGGCUAUUCAUGUGAUUGGAAUGCCUUUCCCGUUGGCGAUAACGGAGUCACUCUACACAAAGUUCAUUCCCCCUCAGCAGUUGGACAAGGCGCAGACAAUUCUCCGCACAAUUAUAAAUGUGGCCUUCCUCCUCGGACCCUAUGUUGGCGGAAGUUUGGAAGGUAAACCAACAAUUGUGUUCUGUACCAUGAUGGUACUAGUCGCCCUGCCUUUCCUCAUGCUGCUCAUACGUUUUAACAAGUUUCGAGUGCCCAGAGAGCCAUCUUCACCCCGUGCUGAUGGAUCUCCCAAAGCGACAAAGUCGACGGAUCCACACCUAAGUGCUUUCUAA